UAAUCAAAAUCGAGUGAAAUGUGAGCUAGUUCAGGCAAAUAUUUUAAUCGGAAACCGGGCAAACAUUCAGCCCUGUUUCAUUCCAUUGUGAAUUCGCAUCGGUGAGAACAGAAGCUUACGUUCAGAUAUAAAUACAAAGGAUGGCCAACAAAUCGCAGAUACCGCUACCAUCCGAAGAUCUCGACUGGAUACAGUUACGUCAGGACUUGGGACCCGUUGUUGAAGUUGAAACGACAAAGGAACGAUUUGUGCGCAAAGUCAAGGAAAACCCACUGGUGCCCAUUGGCUGCCUGGCGACCACAGCCGCUCUGACCGCUGGCCUCUACAACUUUCGCACCGGCAAUCGCAAAAUGUCACAGUUUAUGAUGCGCACUCGUAUCGCCGCCCAAGGAUUCACAGUCCUGGCCCUGAUCGUGGGCGUUGUGAUGACCUAUGGCGAGAAGAAAUAAUUAUGAUAUUGCCCCGCUAGUUACUUACUUUUAAAAUGUACAUAUGUACGUAUAAGUAGUAUAAAUUAAACGAUUAUACUAGAAUUCACAUACACGCAUACAUACAUCUGUAGCUAUAAUUGAUAAUAAGGCAUAGUAGAGUGCAGUUAUGUUCGUAUGUAUUGGUCUGGUUCUAAUUAGAAUAAAAUGUGCAAUGUUGUCCAAUUA